AGAGCGAAAUAUGAGCUUCGUGACGUGGCAGAGUCGGUGUGGAGAGCAGACAGAUCGGCUCGGGCAUCGUCUUCUCCGGCAGCAUGUGGACGCUGAUCUUCACUGCCCUGUUUCCCUCCGUCAUCUUAUCAUAUGAAGUGGACACGAAAAAGCUCAAUGGUCUUGCGAGGGCCAGAGUGGAGACGUGUGGUGGAUGACAGCUGAAUAGGCUGAGGGAGGUCAAGGCCUUUGUGACCCAGGACAUUCCUCUUUACCACAACCUGGUGAUGAAGCACAUUCCUGGGGCCGACCCUGAACUCGUCCUUGUCAACCACUACUAUGAAGAACUAGAUAGAAUCCCAUUAUCUGAAAUGACUCGCACUGAGAUUAACGCACUCUUGGCAAAGCUGGGCUUUUAUAAAAAAGAGAAUCCCGAAGACCAAGUGCCAGAGGAGUUCCGCUUCGCUCCAGCGAAGGACAGUCCCUUCGAGGGCCAAUCCACCGGCCCGCCCCCUAAGACUGAUACCGACCAAUCAAAGGCCGAUUCCCAGCACACAGAUUUGUAACCCCUUACGUAAGAGAGAUGGCGUGGGACGUCAGCGGUGCGAGACCUGCUUGAUUUACAAUUACCGUGAGAACUAGAACGGAGCCAGGCUCUCUCUCUCUCUCUCCAGAGUUUAAUGUGGCCACAUUAGUGUUUCAAAAAUAGUCCCUACUACGGUCAACACACACAUUCAGCAACUUGAUUUGAUUUUGAGUGGUGUUUUUGAGUUCAGACACUGAUUGGAAAAUAUGUAUAUGUAAUAUGAAGUUCAGUGCAAGUGUAAGCUUCCAAGUGUGCGAGUUAGUUUAUGUUUGUGGCCGUGAACUGUGUCGGUUGUUUGCUCUCACUGUACUGUACAGAACCUCAUUUCUGCCCAAAGGGGACGUUAAUGAUGUCCACAGCUGUAAAAGCCUGAGACUGGCUGCGGACUGAUGAUCUCGGUUCUCAUGGGCAAGAAUCAGGCCUCUGAACAGACUGUGGGAGCAUAAAGGUACCACUGAGAAAAUAAAUGAAUGAAAUAUCA